AUCGCGUCCCGCACUAGAAGCCACUCUUUUGUUCACUUUGAGUAGUUUUCGCUGCACAAAAGUUGACUUGGGCUCACUUUUUGAUGAGUUUACGCCACAAACCACACGAGCGGCGGAGGAGCCAUUCGUGAUUUCUUUUUCAUUUGACUUCCUUCUUCCUGUCAGCUGCCGGCGUGAGGAAUGUGGCGUGAUUAAGAAGGAGUGAAAGUGUUGAAAGUUGGACUAGUUGACCACCUUGGCACCAGCUAGCUAGGCCAGUGUAGCUUCAUGGCAACCGGCGGCUUCAAGUCGAACGCCACCACGGACUUCCUGGAGGAGUGGAAGGCCAAGAGGGAGAAAAUGAGAGCCAAGAUGUUGGGUGACAUCGCCGCCGCCAGCAACAGCAGCCUGCCGGCGGAGGAGCCGCAGCACCCGGCGGCCAAUCUGAAGAAGGCUUCGCCUCAGACUGACGGCAGCGCCGCGGCGUGCCCGGACAGCCCGGACAUGCCGGACAGAACGUCUCCCUGCAAGGAGAAGAAAAGCUGCGGUCCGAGCGCCAGGAAGGGCAAAGGUCAGAUCGAGAAGAGGAAGCUGAGGGAGAAGAGGAGGUCCACAGGUGUUGUCAGCAUGCCGUCCAAUGAGAGCCUGGAUGAACUGGAUGAUGAUGAUGGCAGGGAGAAGGACGGGCGGGAGGAGGAGGAGCAGCUGGUCCUGGCCAACACCUUCCAGAAUGAGGCCAUGACGGCUGAUCCGGCUACAGGCCUCGUCACGGACACCCCAAGGCCAGGAAGUGGGCGCCCCAAGAGCGAGGAGGAACUGGGCGCUAACAGUCGGCAUCACCACAACCGCCACAUCCGGGACGUGGCGCCAGGGAGUCUGGAGAAGAGGUUGGAAGAGCUGGAGAAGGAGUUGUCGAGAGAGCGCCAGGAGACAGCCAGGCUGCUGAAGGCCCACCAGGACAAAGACCACCUCAUCGACAAGCUCAAGGAGGAGAUCCACCUUCUCAACAGGGACCUGGACGACAUCGAAGAUGAGAACGAGCAACUGAAACAAGAAAACAAAACUCUGCUCAAAGUGGUGGGGCAGCUGACCAGGUCGCUGGGAGCAGGCGGGAGUCCAGAUGACAGAUAAGGACGGAAGCAAGGAAUACUUGUGGAAUCUUCAUCUCCGACAUGAGGUGGGAUGCCGUGGGAGAUGAUUGGCCAAGAAAUGGAGCUUCUGUCAAAAUGUUCCUGUUAUAAUCCACACUUCAUCAGCCACUGGACACGCGCGCGCGCACAGAGCUUCUAAGCAGCAGCAUGACAGACUGGAGUGUCUCGUUCCUCCGCUGGGAAUUGAGUCAUGGGCUGCUUGUCUUCCCCCGGUAGCCAUGGCAACGGCAUAGCUGUGUCUCCCGAUCGAUGCUUUGUCACACACUUUGCCUCCUGAUGCUAAAAGUUGUGACGGGGGCCAAAAUGGCUGUGUUUUGGCACCCCCACCCCAACCUAGUGGUCGGGAGCCUAAAGGGCGGGGCUAGAUGCGACUUAGUCCUGUGUGUGUCAAUCAGCCACACCCUUCAAGCAAGCGAGACUCUGAGAUGCACUUGCAGCUGUUCACCAGAGGGGGCGGUAGACUGCCGUUCUGGGGACACAGUUAUUUUGAUUUAGUAUACAUGGCUGCAAGGGGGGCAGGGAGCCUUUUUUUCAAACUGAUACCAUCCAUCCAUCCAUCCAUUUUCUAUACCGCUUCAUCCUCAUUAGGGUCACGGGGGCAUGCUGGAGCCUAUCCCAGCUGACUUCGGGCGAGAGGCGGGGUACACCCUGGACUGGUGUCCAGCCAAUGGCAGGGCACAUAUAGACAAACACUCACAUUCAUACCUAUGGACCAUUUAGAGUCCCAAUGAAGCUAACAUGCAUGUUUUUGGAAUGUGGGAGGAAACCGGAGUACCCAGAAAACCCACACACACACGGGGAGAACAUGCAAACUCCACACAGAAAUGCCCAAGGGAGAAUCCAACCCAGGUCUUCCCAUCUCCAGGCUGUUCCUGUAUUGGCCAACAUGCUAACCACUAGACCACCGUGUGGCCUCAAACUGACACCAAUAACACAUAAUUUUUUUAUUUCUACCUUAUUUAUGUAGAUGGAAGUGUAGUUAGUGCACACGUGGAGGUAAGAAGGACUGGAACAAGUUAGUACCUGUUGAUGUGUCCUAAUGAAAUAUGACAUUACUACUAGCACAUCACUGCUAUCAGGAGAACCAGAGUAUAGAGGGGGAGGAGCCACCUGCUGUGGCCCAGCAAGGUGCACUGGAUUCAGGCACACGCUCCGAGCGGCCUGUGUGACGCCACGGAGGUCUCUGGCAAACCUUUUGCACUUUUCAAACGGCGUUUCAGGAGGCCUGAGGGGAAGUUAGGACAGGCCGUUAACGUCCCAGGCAGGGGAAGGAAGGAGCGCCUUCACGGAUGAUGUGGGAGUAAAAAACCAUGAGAAGCAAAAUAAAUAUGUUUAGGAAUACAAAUAUGUGUUUUUAUGUGGCAAACAAGACUGAACCACCUGUGAGUGCUUUUAGAUGGGGGGGGGGGGUCACAGGAGGAUGCACUGCUCAUUGAAAAGAGCAAUACGUGCGUUCGAUAGUGGCAGCACUGAUCCUUCCUGCUACAUCGUCGUAUUCUCUGGCAGAGCAGGCGUGUUAAGAAGCAGACGGUCCCGUCACAAUGUGUUUAGGAGCGACGGCCAACUGGUAGCACCAAAUUGUGGCCACUCAAAGAUGGUCUAUUUGAUGGAAUCUCCUGCAGAAAGAGAACCCAUGGACACGACUGCUGUCAUUCUCGUGCAGGAUGAAGACCACUGAUGGAACGCGUGUGUCAGUCCUUCUGCUUCCAAAGUGAGAAUGUGGUGGAUGACUCACAGCGUCCAUGAAGGUCACUCUGCGUUGCCAUGGCAGCGGCGUCCGGUCUCCCUGACACGACGCAUUGUCAGGGAACACCUCCUUCCUCCUCCUCCUCCUCAUCCGCCGUGCCAAGUCGGCAUCUCCUUGGGAUGCCAACAUGGAAGAUAGUAUUCACCUUGUCCAGACGGCAUGUGCUCGUCGACCAUCUGUCAUCUGCUCUUACGCUCAAACGCAGCUGUCAAUCACGUGCAAUGCCCGCCUUCCUGUGGCCUUCAAGGCAAACAAGCUUGUUGGAUUGUCAUCCUUGCGGUGUCAUCUUUACUCACCAAUCAUCUCCAUCUUCUCACUUUGUUCCACCAAGAUCAUCUUGACUGUGAAACGCUUCUACUGCUGGGGGGGGAGGGGGAUCAGGGGGAUGGAGACUUUCAUCCCUUUCAACCACAUCACGACAGCCUGAGGCUUUGCAGUGCAUGCUGGGAAAUGCAUGUCGUCAUAGCAGCACACAAACAUACAUCCUUCUAGUUUACUCACACUACCGCUUCACCCGCCAUCAUACCUUGGAAGCCCAUUAUUGGUAGCAUUAUGAUGAUUGUUAUUAUAAACCAGGGGGGUCCAAAUGUUUUUCCAGCGAGAGCCACAUUGUGAAAAUGAAGGGAUACAACUUACCACUGAUGUUUUGUAACCAACAUGUUUCAUGAUGCUAGCAAUAGCUUUCAAGAUGCUAAUAUGUUUCAAUAUGCUAACAUGUUUCAAGAUCCUAACAACAUGUAUCAAGAUGCUAGCAAUAUGUUUCAAUAUGCUAACAAUAUAUUUCAGCAUGCUAAGAAUAUGUUUCAAGAUGCUAACAACAUGUUUCAAGAUGCUAACAAUAUAUUUCAGCAUGCUAAGAAUAUGUUUCAAGAUACUAACAACAUGUUUCAAGAUGCUAACAAUAUAUUUCAGCAUGCUAAGAAUAUGUUUCAAGAUGCUAACAACAUGUUUCAAGAUGCUAACAAUAUAUUUUAGCAUGCUAAGAAUAUGUUUCAAGAUACUAACAUGUUUCAAGAUGCUAACAAUAUAUUUCAGCAUGCUAACAAUAUGUUUCAAGAUGCUAACAACAUGUUUCAAGAUGCUAACAAUAUAUUUCAGCAUGCUAAGAAUAUGUUUCAAGAUGCUAACAACAUGUUUCAAGAUGCUAACAAUAUAUUUCAGCAUGCUAAGAAUAUGUUUCAAGAUGCUAACAAUAUAUUUCAGAAUGCUAAGGAUAUGUUUCAAGAUGCUAACAACAUGUUUCAAGAUGAUCAACUUCACUCUUUGCUAUUUUCCCCCAUUUUUGCUGUUUUUUUUUUCAAAUGUUCCAACUAUUGUGGCAACUAAUGUUACAACUUUGUUGUAGAUUUUCUUUUGGUAAUUAUGCUUUUAUUCCCAUACUUUGACUUUAUUCUUGUAACAUUCUAACUUGUUCCAUUCCAAAAAUGACAACUUUAUUUGUUUUGUUUGCCUCUCAUAAUAUAACUUUUUAUAAAUCUCUUAUUUCAAUUGUUUUUCUCUUGAUAUUUUGAUUCUAUUGCUGAUUGUUCCUUUUUUGCUGUUGUUGUUUUUUAGUUUAAUUGUUAAAUUAUAAGUUAAUGUGUGGUGGGCCACACCCCUGUUAUAAAGCGAUAGGCCCCGCCCAUCCGGGAUGUAAAUAGUGAUUAUAAUGCCAACCCUGUAACGUUGGCUUUG